AUGGGGGAAAGCUCAAACUGGCAGAUUACAAAACAGAUGUGGAAGCUUGUGUGGAACUUGAAUGUGCCAAGGAAAGUAAAACAUUUCAUAUGGAAAGCUUUGCAAUCAAUCUUGCCUACAAAAUUGAAUAUGUGGAAAAGGAAUGUGGUGGAAGAUGCAACUUGUCCUAUUUGUAAAAAGGAGGAGGAAUCAAUUCAGCAUGUCUUGUGGAAUUGUCCAGCAGCCAAUAAUGUAUGGGUUGAGAGAUCUAGUGGCUUGCAUAAAUGGUGCUGUGAAGAAGUAGACUUUAUUCAACUCUGGCAGAAACUAAUGAAGACAUUGGAAAAAGAGAAGUUGGAGAUAGUAGCAGUAAUACUAGCAGGCAUUUGGUUUAGAAGAAAUAAAUUUGUUUUUAAUGAAAAGUUUGAUGGUCCAAGUCAGGUAAUGAAACAAGCUGAAUUGAUGAUGGAAAUGCUUCAUAAAGCAGAAGAAAAACAAGGUGAUCACAGAAGAGACAUGAGAAUAAGAAGGAUAAAUACAAAGUGGUUGCCACCUAAUGAUUAUUUCAUGAAAAUUAACUAUGAUGCCUUUGUUAAUAAAGAAGAAAAGAAGAUGGGAAUUGGGAUGACAGCCAGAAAUCAUGUUGGAGAAAUUCUUUUUUCAUGUUGUGUUGUAAGGAAAUUUGUGGGGGAAAUUGAAGUUGCUGAAACACUAGCAUUAUGGAAGGCAAUGGAGACAGGUGCAGAACUAAAUUUGCAAGGAGUUGUCUUUGAAGGGGAUGCACAGACAAUAGCAAAAGCAGUGAACAGUAAAGAUGUUUAUCAUGGGUGGAUAGAUCAACAAGUUCUGGAUAUUAAAGAGGUUCUAUCACAUAGGCCAUCUUGGUCUGUACAUUCCAUCUUCAGAGAAGGUAAUAAUGUAGCACAUAUGUUGGCAAAGAGAGCUAUGCAGAGAGGUGAGGAAUCAUUUUGGAUGAAAGAAAUUCCUAGUGAGUUUGUAUCUAUAGUAGAAAUGGAGAAACCUUGUAAUAAGCUAUGCUCUGUUAUUUCUUAA